CGGGCGCAGCGCCUCAGCCGCACUACGUGUCGAGACGCGCCGCGCGCCGUACGUCGCGCUCCGUCAGCGGCCGCGCGUAAACAUCGGGCGAUGCGAGCCGUGUGAGCCAUCCACCACGAUGCAGGGCUGCUGCGCGCUGCUGUGGGCCGCCGCGCUCGUGGCCGCCGCCGCCGGCGAGGCAUCCGUGCGCAGCUGCGAGCCCAUCAAGGUGGCCAUGUGCAAAAAUAUCGGCUACAACCAGACCGGGAUGCCCAACCUGGCGCGCCACACACUGCAGGCGGACGCCGACGUCACGCUGCAGACCUUCAGCCCGCUCGUGCAGUACGGCUGCUCCUCGCAGCUGCACCUGUUUCUGUGCGCGGUUUACGUUCCCAUGUGUACCGACAAAGUCGCGUUGCCAAUAGGACCCUGCCGGGGACUGUGCGAGAGCGUGUACGAGCGGUGCUACCCCGUGCUGAAGGGGUUCGGGUUCACGUGGCCCGCCGAGCUGGACUGCUCGCUGUUCCCCGCCGAGAACAACCACGAGCAUAUGUGCAUGGAGGGCCCCGGGGAGCGGGCGCCGCCCGUGGGGACGACCCCACUGGACACGGCGGCGGGCGGCCGCAGCGGCUGCAGGAAGCUGGUGGAGCCCAACAGCUGGGUGUGGGUGCGGGGCUCGGGCCGCUGCGCGCAGUUCUGCGACGCCGAGGUGCUGUGGGAGGCGGGCGAGCGGCGCGCCGCCGAGGUGUGGCUGGCGACGUGGGCCGCGCUCAGCUUCGUGUGCACGCUGGCGGCCGUGGGCGCCCAACUGGCGUGCGGGGCCGGCGGUUCGGGCCCGGGGGCGGGCGGCGCGGGGUCGCGCGCGCUGGUGCUGGUGGCGCUGUGCCGCUGCGCCGCGGCCGCGGGCUGGGGCGUGCGGGCCGCUGCGGGCCGCGCCGCCGCUGGCUGCGCCAAGGACUCCACGUCGCCCGCGCGCAUGCUGCUGGCGCACGACGGCCUCGCCAACCCCAACUGCGCGGUCGUCUUCCUGCUGCUCUACUACUUCGGCCUAGCUGCUUCCGUUUGGUGGGUGGUAGUAGCAGGGGCAUGGCGAGCAAGCGUGCUGCGCCCGCCCGCGCCGGCGGGGGCAGCGCGCAACGACAGGCACUCUUCGCUGCUGCAGCUGGCCGCGUGGGGCGUCCCGGCUGCGCUCGCCGCCGCUGUCCUGGUCACCAGGGAUGUUGACGCUGAUGAGCUCACAGGGACAUGUUACGUGGGCAACCAGUCGAGCAAGUCACUGCUGGCGCUGGUGAUCGUGCCAGAAGCGAUCUGCCUGCUGUUAGGCUGUGUGUUCCUGUCGUCGGGGCUACGUGCCGUGUUGCGGCGGCCCACGCCUGCGCCCGCGCCUGCGCCGCUGCCGCUGCUGGCGCCACCGCCUCUCGCGCACACCGACCAGAGUCUGCUGCGGUUGGGCGCCUUCGCCGCUCUCUACGCGGUUCCCUCCGCGUGCAUCCUCGCCACGUGGGUGUACGAAUACGCGUGGAGAGACGCCUGGCUAGCAGCGCCCGUGCCCUCCUCGGAGCCUUCGACGCAUCCUCAGCCAGCCUUCUGGGUGUUCCUGUUCAGGAUCUUCGCGACGCAGAUUCUGGGCGUGAUGGUCGCAGUGUGGAUCGCAACGCCGAGGCUGAAGGCUCUGUGGAGGAGGGUCGCGGGGCCGAGGAAGCCGGCGCUGGCCAAGUGUCCGGCGGGCCCCCCGCCCACGCCGCUCACGCUGCACUGCUACGCGGCCCACACGCACACUAUGUCGCGACACUCACACAAGUACGCGACGUACAGGCCGCCGCAACAACACUCGUAUAGAAAACCUCGACAUUACCACUACUCCGCCGGGGAGACGAUUAUCUGACCGAGUUGUUUGUGGAAUAAUGACUGAAAAGACAAUGUUCUACAGAGGAACCUCUUACCUCCGAUGCAUUUAUUGUAUAGUUGUGUGUAAUUAAGUAGGUUAAGAGAUAUGCUUCGUAAGUGCCAUUCAAAUUGUUUUAAAUAUGAAUUUUACUUAUACUUACAGCAGAUAAGAAAAGCGUAGGCACCUACUGAUUGUAUGAGACUUCAAUCUUUAAAAUAGUUACUUAAUUGUCUCUUGAGUGCUACUGUAUUGAAUACGUAGUAGGUGUCUAAGUAUUUCCAAGAUAAUUUAUAAUUUUAAAUGAUACGACUGAAAAUUACGAAUAAGUAACUUUACUUCAUCUACUUACGCUUACGUAUACAGAAUAUUGUGAUGACGCCUUCAUGUCAAGUAACUGCAUAUGAAUAAAUUAAUUCUUACUUAAUUGAAGUGUAAAUAGGUGUAUGUUUUUGACUUUGAAGUAAUUUUGUAAAGUCUCGACAUCGAAAUUGAAAGUUUUACUAUCUAAGAAUUUGGCUUAUAGAUUUUUAACCGAUUUCAAAAAAGAAGGACGUUAUGUUAACUUCAUUAUCUUACUGUAAGUGAUUAUAGUGAGUAUUUUACAUGUCGUGUAUACGUUUCUAUAUUAACUAUCAUAGGUAGUUGGUAUUUAAAUAAAUAUUAACUGUCGAGGAUAAUGGGCAAGUUGUAUGGUAGCUGAUAAAACUGACGUCUGACAUCCUAACAUCUACUAAGCACUAGCAUUGCACUGAGUGACGUUUUUGUUGACCCUACUCUCAAUUUGCCCAAGAUCCUUUUACAUAAUAAAGAAAUUGUAAAUACUAUUGUAAAUAUUAGCUGCUAUUAAAGUUAUGCAAUAGCCUGUAAAUUGUACACUAAGAAAUAAAAUAAAGUUCUAAAAUAAAAUCUUUUUA